AGGGAGGGCUGCAGAGAAAGAAGGAAGCAAACCAACGGGGGUCAGUAAGACAAGGUGAUGUUUCAACUGAGUAAAGCAAGCGUUUGUCUUCGGACGCUCUCGGCCGAGUGUCUCCAUACAUCCUGCAAGUUCCUCAGAAGAUCCAUGUCCGCAGGAAAAAAAAGAGAGAUCCUGUUACAAGUUCAUGGGGAGGCAAAUUGCGGCAUUGCAGAAAUUCAAAUGAACAGACCACAUGCCAAAAAUUCAUUGGGUAAAGUGUUUGUAGAUGAACUUUAUGAAACCCUUGACAUUCUCCGUUGUGAUGAAAAUGUUCGUGUAGUGAUAAUCAAGAGCAAUGUAAAAGGUGUUUUUUGUGCAGGUGCUGACCUAAAAGAGCGUGCUCAGAUGACUGAUUCCCAAGCUGUUCAGUUUGUUCAAAGGCUCAGAAGCUUAAUGGAUGGCAUUGCCUCACUGCCAAUGCCAACCAUUGCUGCAGUUGAAGGCUAUUCAUUGGGUGGAGGUUUGGAACUGGCGCUAGCUUGUGAUCUCCGAGUUGCAGCAUCAUCUGCAAAAAUGGGUCUCAUUGAGACAACCAGAGGACUCUUUCCAGGUGCAGGUGGAUCCCAGCGUCUACCACGAUGCAUUGGAGUAGGCCGUGCCAAAGAACUGAUUUUCACUGGCAGACAGAUUGAUGGACAAGAGGCCUACUCAAUUGGGCUAGUUAAUCAUGCAGUGCCACAGAAUGAGGAGGGCAAUGCAGCUUAUCAAAGAGCAUUAGCUUUAGCUGAAGAGAUUGUUCCUCGGGCUCCAAUUGCAGUGAAAAUGAGUAAAGUGGCUAUAAACAGAGGAACUGAGGUUGAUAUUGCUUCUGGGAUGGCUAUUGAAGGAAUAUGUUAUACCCUGAAUAUCCCUACAAAAGACCGGAGGGAAGGAAUGGCUGCUUUCAUAGAGAAACGACCACCAAAAUUCAUUGGCAAGUGAUUUUAAGUUUCCUUCAGAUGCCUGAAAUAACUCCAAAAUGUGAUUGGAAUACUGUAAUGAGGCUUUUUUAAAAAUAAAUUUUGUAUUCGGUAACGGUGCCUUACUGGUGGAACCAGCUGCCGGAAGAGGUACGGGCCCUGCGGGACCUAGGGCAGUUCCGCAGGGCCUGUAAGACAGCCCUCUUCCGGCAGGCCUAUAACAACUGACAUUGAGAAUAUCUUCUGGAUGGAACUAAAAAUGACAUUGAGAAUAUCUUCUGGAUGGAACUAGAAAUGCAUCUACAGACCGCUGGUUUUUAUUCUUAUUUUUAUGUCUUAUUAAUUAUGGUUUUAACUUUAUUAUGUAAAUGUUUUUAAGCUGAAUCUAUGUGAAUGUUGUGAGCCGCCCUGAGCCACUUCGGUGGGAAGGGCGGGAUAUAAGUCUAAAUAUAAAUAAAUAUUCAGACUUUGGUA